AUGGCAGCCUCCUUGUGGCUCCGUGCAGCCGCCUCCGGCCUCCGGUGCUGGGGCCACCGGCAGCGGCCCGCAGCUGCCAGCUUUGCAGCGGUGUGUUCUAGGUCAAUGGCUUCUAAGACUCCAGUUGGAUUCAUUGGACUGGGCAACAUGGGGAAUCCAAUGGCAAAAAAUCUCAUGAAACAUGGCUAUCCACUCAUUAUUUAUGAUGUGUUUCCUGAUGCAUGCAAAGAGUUUCAAGAGGCAGGCGAACAGGUAGUAUCUUCCCCAGCAGAUGUAGCUGAAAAGGCUGACAGGAUUAUUACAAUGCUGCCCACCAGUAUCAAUGUAGUAGAAGCUUACUCUGGAGCAAAUGGAAUUCUAAAAAAAGUGAAGAAAGGCUCAUUAUUAAUAGAUUCCAGUACCAUUGAUCCUUCAAUUUCAAAAGAAUUGGCCAAAGAAGUUGAGAAAAUGGGAGCAGUUUUCAUGGAUGCCCCUGUUUCUGGUGGUGUAGGAGCUGCACGAUCUGGGAACCUCACAUUUAUGGUGGGAGGAGUUGAAGAUGAAUUUGCUGCUGCCAAAGAAUUGCUGGGAUGCAUGGGCUCCAAUGUGGUAUAUUGCGGAGCUGUUGGGACUGGGCAGGCUGCCAAGAUCUGCAACAACAUGCUGUUAGCUAUUAGUAUGAUUGGAACUGCUGAAACUAUGAAUCUUGGAAUCAGGUUAGGACUUGACCCAAAACUAUUGACUAAAAUCCUAAAUAUGAGUUCAGGACGGUGUUGGUCAAGUGAUACUUACAAUCCUGUACCAGGAGUGAUGGAUGGCGUUCCCUCAGCUAAUAACUAUCAGGGAGGAUUUGGAACAACACUCAUGGCUAAGGAUCUGGGAUUGGCACAAGAUUCUGCCACCAGCACGAAGAGCCCAAUCUUUCUGGGCAGUGUGGCCCAUCAGAUCUACAGGGUGAUGUGUGCAAAGGGCUACUCAAAGAAAGACUUCUCAGCUGUGUUCCAGUUUCUACGAGAGGAGGAGAACUUCUGAGCGUGCCCCUUGGCAUGGACAUUGUUGGAACAAACUCUUCCGUGGAGCAUCCUUCUAGCUCACUGCACAA